GUCUUAAGAACCAAACACCCACUCGCUUCGUCACAGUACGCCGCAAAGACAUCAGCCCAGCCUUCCCCAAUUCCGGCCACACCCGCUACGCCUGUGGUGCCGCCUGCCGCCUCCCCUUCCUCUUCGCUUCCCGUGCAAGCUUCACCGCCGCCAUCUCGUCCUCUCGUUGCGAUGCUUCCCUUUCCGCGCCGCGGUUCCUCUAUCCCCGCCUUCCCUGCCCGCUCCGGCUCUUGCACCUGACCAAGUCCGCCAAUCUGUUCCCCUUUUCCGUACGAGGGUACUAUCGCCGGCCAUUUCGAUUCGGGGUUGAUCGGAUCAGCGUAGGCUGAUGGGUCGCGAUGCUGAGAAGACCUCUCCGCCGGUGCCAUCGUCGGAAUUGGAACAGGAAGAAGACGACGACUGCUACCUAAGCGAUCAGGAGGACGAUGCCCUAGAAGAGUCCGUUCUCCAUGUCCUCGAGGACGAGCACCUCGAGGACUGCCAUUGGUCCGCCUCAUGCGUGAUCACCAAGGAAUCCCUCUUGGCAGCGCAGAAGGAGGAUCUUAGGAAGGUGAUGGAGCUGCUAGGGUUGAGGGAGCACCAUGCCCGGACGCUCCUCAUCCACUACCGCUGGGACGUGGAGAGGAUUUUUGAGCUUCUCGAUCAGAAGGGAAGGGAUAGCCUCUUCUCGGAGGCUGGUAUUCCUCUUCAGUACACCAAUAAUGCUGGUCCAACCUCCUCAGCGGAGGUGACCUGCAAUGUUUGUUAUGAUGAUGUGCCACCCUCGUGUGCCUUGGAGAUGGACUGCGGCCACAGCUACUGCAGUGAUUGUUGGACUGAAUAUUUCAUUGUGAAAAUUAAUGAGGGUCAGAGCCGGCGUGUCAGAUGCAUGGCUCCAAAGUGCAAUGCUAUUUGUGAUGAAGCAAUAAUUCGGAAACUAGUCAUUGCGAGACACCCAGAUAUUGCAGAACGUUUUGAAAGAUUUUUGCUGGAAUCAUAUAUUGAGGAUAAUGAUACAGUUAAGUGGUGCCCAAGCACACCACAUUGUGGAAAUGCUAUACGCGUCAAAGGUGAUAUUUAUUGUGAAGUGGAAUGCACAUGUGGAUGCCAGUUUUGUUUUAAUUGCUCCUUACAAACACACUCACCAUGUUCCUGCAUGAUGUGGGAGCUCUGGAUUAAGAAAUGCCAUGAUGAAUCAGAAACAGUGAAUUGGAUAACUGUAAAUACUAAGCCCUGUCCCAAGUGUCACAAACCUGUGGAGAAGAAUGGUGGCUGCAACCUGGUUGCAUGUAUAUGUGGACAAGCAUUCUGUUGGUUAUGUGGUGGUGCUACGGGUAGAGAUCACACGUGGUCAAGUAUUAGUGGCCACAGUUGUGGCCGGUUCACUAAUGAUCAGACUAAGAAGACCGAACAAGCAAGGAGAGACCUCUAUAGAUAUAUGCACUACCACAACAGAUACAAGGCUCACACCGACUCUCUUAAGCAGGAAGCAAAGCUUAAGAAUGAGAUCCAAGGGAAGAUAUCCAUUUCAGAAAAUAAGGAGUCAAAGAUAAAAGAUUAUUCUUGGGUCAUAAAUGGGUUAAACAGGCUAUUCAGAUCAAGGCGUGUUCUAUCCUAUUCGUAUCCGUUUGCAUUCUACAUGUUUGGUGAUGAGAUUUUCAAGGAUGAGAUGACUCCUCAGGAGAGAGAACUGAAGCAGAAUUUGUUUGAGGAUCAGCAACAACAAUUAGAAUUUAAUGUUGAAAGAUUGUCUGGUUUCCUUGAGAAAGAUUUUCAACUUUUUACCGAUGAUGAGGUCAUGGAUACAAUGAAGCAUGUCAUCAAUCUUUCCAAUGUGGUUGAUAGGCUCUGCAAACAAAUGUAUCAGUGCAUUGAGAAUGAUUUGUUAUAUCCUCUACGCACACCUCACAAUAUCGCUCCAUACAAAUCUAAGGGCCUUGACAGGGCCUCAGAGCUCAAUAUUAGCUGGGAUCCUGCUGAACAAAGUUCACAGUCAACAAAACAUAGUCAGGAGGAUGAACACAGGAACCAACCAGCAUCGAUUAGUCUGGGGAAACGAACUCAUGAGUUGCAUGGCUCGAGUUCUGGUAAUAGGGGGGAUAAUAGGGGGCACCGAUCUAACAAGCGAGACCGGGUAGAUGCCAAUGGCGGUGGUGAUGCACUUUUUGAUCUCAAUGUGCCAGCCGAAUUGGUGGACAAGAUCUGAAGCUUCAUUAUCUGAUGGGUGAUGGCACAUCCCUUUGAACUGUACAGCUGACUUAAGCUUCCUCACCAACAUAAAGGCAAAAAAUACUGUUCUUCUUAGCCCCCUUGCCACCAUAGAGUAUACCUCCAUGUCAAAAAAAAUUUACCCUGGUGUUAGGAUCCCAAGAUAUAGAGUAGCUUUUAAGUUCUAUAUGUCGCAUUUCAUGACGUGAUUUGAAGCCAAUGUUCAUAAUUCUGAUAAAACUAGUUCUACUCCUCAAGCAAGAUGGGGAUAUUUUGGAAUGUAACUUGACCAUGCAUGUGUUGCGGAUUCCAGAUAUAAUGUAUGCAGCAUGGUGAAGGGAAUUGUUUGUUGACAAGAGUGCUGGUGUUUUAUUUC